AUUUAAAUCACCGUUUGACCAACUUAUUUGGAAGUUUGUUGAGCGUUAAAUCGAUAUUGUCUAAUUAGAUAUUAACAAGGAUGCAUUGUAUUUCAAAAAUACGUUUAUAAAAGUUCAAUCAAGCAUGUAUAAACUAAAUGAUAAAAGCUUGUUUUGAGCUGAAUUUGGUGGUAGUAGUACACCGCAUUUUAAAGAAAAUGGGACAACGUCAUAGUAAAUUGGCUCCUAAAACCUUAGCUGAGCUGAGAGAUCAGACUAAUUUUACUGUGGAUGAACUCAACGAGUGGUACAAAGAAUUCAAGAGCAGCUGGCCGAAAGGAGCGUUGACAGUGGACGAGUUUAAGAAAGCAUACUCGACUUUCUUUCCGCUAGGGGACGCCUCGGAGUUCGCCAAGCACGUGUUCCGUGUUUUUGACCAAAAUGAUGACGGUUUGCUGGACUUCCGGGAGUUUGUGUGUGGGUUCAGUGUGGUGCUCAGAGGAAGUGUGGAUGAAAAACUGUCCUUUAGCUUCCAGAUUUACGACAUUAAUGGGAAUGGAUUUAUCACUAGAGAUGAAAUGAAGGAGGUCCUUUCUGCCAUGUACAAAGUGGAGUGCGCGCUGUCGGCUGACCCCAAGAGAGAUGACCCGGAAGAACGAACGGACGCCAUAUUUAACCAGAUGGACAUAAACUGUGAUGACAACUUGUCCGUUGAGGAAUUCGUACAGGGGAUCAAAAAGGACCCCCACAUCCUCAAAAUACUGGAAAUCCAGUGACACGAGAUAAAGACGACUGUUUGUCUCUGUGAACUUUAGUGGUAAUUAAUUUAGUAAGGUUAAUAAUAACACUUUGCUGAAGAAUCUAAUAUGAGUUUUCAGUGUAUUAUAUAUGAUAUCAAGGCUCGUGUAAAUGGAUGGUUCUACCGUAACCAUUCAAGUAUAUGUACAUGUUUAUCUAUAAUUCUUUG